CGCUGGGUCUCGCGCGAGCAUGACGUCACGGGCCUCCGUCCGGAGAGUGUGAGGAGCCCCGGGGUGGGCGGAACAUGGAGCGCCCGGAGGAGGGGGGGAGGCCGUACAGCUCCAGGGAAGUGACCCGACUGCAGGAGGAGCACAACAAGGUUGUCAGCGGCUGCCAAGAAAAGAUUCAGCACUGGAAGAAGGUAGAAAGCGAUUAUGAUGCUCUUCAGGAGAGGCUUGGGUCUCUGCCCGAGAAGCUGUCCUAUGAUAUCAUGGUACCCUUCGGCCCGCUAGCCUUUAUGCCAGGGCGGCUCGCCCAGACCAACGAAGUCACGGUUUUGCUCGGGGACAACUGGUUUGCCAAAUGUUCAGCCAAACAAGCCAUGGGUUUAGUUGACCACAGAAAAAAACAUGUCAGGAAAGCACGGGAAGACCUGGAAGAGGUCAUAAAGAAUUUUGAGUCCAAAGUGGAAUUCACGAAGGACCUGGAAAGAAUGAGCAAGGAAUCCGGGGAAUACUUGGAUAUCAGGGAAGAAGUCAGUCAAGAGACGGUUCCUAUGAAAGGCAAACACCGCACAGCGCACAAACCUCACACAAAACCAAAGGCCGAGACCAGCAACGAGGAGGUGGGUUUUCGAGAAGAAGAGUCCAAAGACCCGUUCACAGACAAUGCGGCGCUCUGGGCCAGACUGGAGGAGCUGGAGAAACAAGAGGAGCUGCGAGGAGAGCUUGUGGAAGUAACGGAAGAUCCUCCCCUCGGCAGGGAUUCCUGUUACGAAGACGACAAGGAGAACCUGAAGACCGAUUUAAACGUGAAACAAGAAGAUCAUCUCGCUGCGGGCAGUCAUACGAAAUCAGGGUUUUUGAUCUCAGGCUGUGUGAACGGGUCUCAUUCGCAACACAGCGACGACGAAGACUCAGCAAGCUGUAAAGGUUCCGUUGCCACCAUCUACUUUUCCCAUACGGUUGAACCAAAAAGGGUGAGAAUAAACACUGGAAAGAACACUACUCUGAAAUUCAGCGAAAAGAAAGAGGAAGCCAGAAGGAAAAGAAAAAACAGUAAUGGGAACGGUCACCUGGAAUUGCCAGUUAUAAAGACGCCAGCGGACAUAUACAGGGUGUUUGUAGACCUGGUGAACGGAGAGUAUGUCCCCAGAAAAUCCAUCAUGAAGUCCCGCAGCCGGGAGGACAGCGUGUGCAGCGAUACCAGCGAGAAUAGUUCACACGAGUUUGAGGACAGAAGAGGGUACCAAAGGAACACCAGCAUGGAAGACAACAUCUUCAGCGACGAGGAUGACCGAAUGCAUAAAAAGCUGUCACCGGUGUUCGGACCAUCAGAGGCAUUUUCAGGAACCGUCAUAGAGAAGGAGGCGUUUUCUAUAUCGGUGCCCAUGACCAGCAUUGCCCUCCCAGCUCUGCCCACCAUCCAGGAAAAGAAGGGCGAGGAGUCUCCCGAAGAGGGGGGCAAAAGAGUCUCAAAGUUCAAAGCUGCCAGGAUGCAACAGUACCAGUGAUGACUGUGUGCGUCCCGUCCCCCCUCCCCCCCACCCCCCCGUGUGUCCCCAGGCACUGUGGGACAUAACCCACCAAUGCAGGUCUGGAUGAUGUUUACUAGUUCAGUCUGUGCCGGGUCACUUUCAGUGGCCAGAAAAAAAAAAUAUGAAUUUGCAAUCAUUUUGAUAAUCUUAACGUUUUCUUUCUUUAAAUAAAUAUGCAAUGAUUUCCAUUA